UGAAACCUUCAUCAGGUUCAGCUUUCUAACUAACCUAUUAAACGAUACUAUUUUUUUAGAAUCGGUCAAUUCACGAAAGGUUGAUGAUGAAGUCAACAGUUAUUUAAAUAAAGACAGUGUGCAAGGUGGAGUUGUAUUCAUUAAACAGGAGUUAGAAGUGGAGAUAGAUGUGGAAGAGCAUGAGACACCAGGUGAUGAUGCAGCAAAACUAGGUUACGUUGGUUAUUUUUACAGAAACAUGCAUUUAACACGAACAACCUAAGAGCCCGCCAUUUUACAAUAUAUGUGUUCAAUUUAUUGAACUGUAAAGAAGAUUACAUACUGAUAGUUACAAAUAAAGGUUACCCAUAACAUAGCAAAUACGUCCUGAAUAAAUCCUAAUAAAUAUUCACACACACACACAAACACGCCUGUUUCGUCGGAAUAGGCAGAGACAAUAGAAUGACACUUGCUUCUAUCCUUACAAACCUCACCCGCUUCUGCUACAUUAUUUACUCUUCGCUCGCCGGUCCCGGAUGCUUAGGACCUUACCUUUUUUCAGAACGUCCCCGAUUUGGUCGACAAAUGUUCUGCGAGGUCUCCGACCGACUUGUCCACACACUUUACUUAUAUAUUUGAUUUGUCAUUCUUUCUUCAUUCAUUCACAAAUAUUCAGUAUCAAUAAAAUUAAAUAGUAAUCACAUGGGUAUUAAAACGGAAUUGACGGUUAAAGAAAUUAUUUUUAUAUUGCAGUUGAAGCUUCAAAAGCAAGAAGGACUAGAGAAAAUAAAGAAAUAGGACAAGAAAAAAGCGAUAAAAGAGACGACGGUGACAACAUAAUACAACAAAUGACAUACAAGAAACUAAACAUGAUUAACGGCCAAAACUUACAGUUAAAUACAACUGAAAACAGUUACGGCGGUGAUUUUAAUACGACAGAAGAGUUAAUUAUAGAUACAAAUAACAUAAACAAGUUGGCAUAUUCCGAAGAACAUUACGAGAGAAUAUCAAAUAUAGAAGUAAAUAGUAGAACUGAGUUUACCAAACCUGAAAAUAUAGAAGCCAGUAUGAAUGGAAUAGAAAUUCCAUUAAUUAUUCAACCUAACAUAAAUAUAAUUAAUAAUAUUAUAUUAUCUGAUAAUGAAAAUAAAGAUAUCCUCACACACAAUCUGUUACUAAUGAGUGAUCCUAAAUUUGGACCUAGUAAAAAUAAACGGCGUGCUUGUUCUGUAUGUGGUAAAACGUUUGGAUGUGCAGGUUCUUUACUGAAACACAACAGAAUUCAUACCGGUGUAAGGCCGUAUUCAUGUGAUGAGUGCGGUAAGAGCUUCAAUCGUUCUCAUCAUCUGAAGUCACAUAAAAGAAUACACACCGGAGAAAGACCCUAUUCAUGUAAAGUGUGUGGUAAGAAUUUUUAUGAUGUGAGUCGUUUGAAGAGGCAUAAUAGAAUUCACACCGGUGAAAAAGUAUAUUCAUGUAAUGAAUGUGGUAAGAGUUUCAGUGAGGUGAGUUCAUUGAAACGACAUAAUAGAAUUCAUACUGGAGAAAAAGUCUAUUCUUGCAAGGUGUGUGGUAAGAGUUUCAAUGACAAUAGUUCUUUGAAGAGACAUAAUAAAUUACAUAAUGGUGAAAGGGAAUUUCCGUGUAAUUUGUGUAGCGACAGUUUCAGUGAUUUCAGUGAUUUGGAGAAACAUAAAAUAAUACAUAGUGGAGAUAGUCGCUAUCCCUGUGAUGUAUGUUAUAAAGGUUUUCAUUAUAUUAGUGAAUUGGAGAGACAUAGAAGAAUACAUACUGGCGAAAAGCCGUAUUCCUGUAAUGUGUGUGGUAAAAGUUUCAAUGAUUUAAGUUCUUCGAAGCGGCACAAUAGAAUACAUACAGGUGAAAAGAUACAUUCAUGUAAUGUAUGUAGUAAGAAUUUCCAUGAUUUAAGUGACUAUGAGGCACAUAAAAUAACACAUACUGGCGAAGACCUACCGAUGUGAAAUUUGUGGUAAAGGUUUCCACUAUCGAAGGUAUCUGGAGAGACACAAUAGAAAACAUACUAGUGAGAAGAUAUUUUCAUGUCGUGUAUGCGGUGAGAGUUUCAAUCAUUUCGCUCAUUUGAAGAUACAUAAUAUUAUUAAACAUUGUGAU